GGCGGCAGAGGCGGCAGAGGCGGCAUGAAGGGCGGCGCGAAGGUUGUCGUCGAGAAGCACCGCCACGAGGGCAUCUUCGUCGCGCGCGGGAAAGAAGACGCGCUCGUCACGAAGAACCUCGUCGUCGGCGAGUCCGUGUACGGCGAGAAGAGAAUCUCCGUGGACGAGGAGGACGGCACGAAGACGGAGUACCGCGUGUGGAACCCGUUUCGGUCGAAAGUCGCCGCGGGCAUCCUCGGCGGCCUCGACAACGUGCACAUCAAACCCGGGACGAAGCUUCUGUACCUCGGCGCCGCCGCGGGGACGACGGUGUCGCACUGCUCCGACGUCGUCGGCCCGACCGGGUGCGUCUACGCCGUGGAGUUCUCUCACCGCCCCGGCCGCGACUUGGUGAACAUGGCGAAGAAGCGCACCAACGUCAUUCCAAUCAUCGAGGACGCGAGGCACCCGAUGCGGUACCGCAUGCUCGUCGGCAUGGUGGACACGAUCUUCGCGGACGUCGCGCAGCCGGACCAGGCGAGAAUCGUCGCGCUCAACGCGCAGUACUUCUUGAAAACGGGCGGGAACUUUAUCAUCUCCAUCAAGGCGAACUGCAUCGACUCCACGGUGCCGGCGGAGGCGGUUUUCGCGCGCGAAGUGAAGAAGCUGCAGCAGGAGCAGUUCAAGCCCGCGGAGCAGCUGACGUUGGAGCCGUACGAGCGGGAUCACGCGAUCGUGACCGGGUCGUACCGCGUCGGCAAGAAGAAGUCCAAGGAUUAAGAGACGCGCGGUGCGGUGGAGGAGAGGAGAGAAGCCCGGAGGAGAGGGACGGCGGACGCGGAUCGAGUGCGUGGACGCAUCGGACGGAUCGCCCCGAUCGGAUCGGACGGAUCCGUCGAGGGACGGAUCGGACGCGACCUCCGCUUGUAUGAUAACGAGAGCCAACACGCCGCGGACGCCAUCGCCGCGAUGGCGUCCGCGGCUUUUGCAAUGCACGUAUUAAACAG